AUGCUUUACCAGGACGGCCUUGAAAACUACUUCCAGCUCGCUCUCCCUGCAGUCGUUGGACCAGAAAGCAUUGCCUUUGAUUGCAAUGGCAAAGGACCAUAUGUUAGUGUCUCGGAUGGCAGGAUCCUGAAAUGGCAAGGAGCCAAGCUUGGUUGGAUAGAAUUUUCUGUCUCUUCACCUCAAAGACACAUGUGUGAUGGCUCAACAAACACCAAACUGGAACCGGUGUGUGGAAGACCACUAGGCCUCAAAUUCAACUCUGCAACUUGUGAUCUCUACAUUGCAGACGCGUACUAUGGACUCUUAGUAGUAGGACCGGAAGGUGGAGUGGCUAAACAACUUGCUGCUUCAGCUGAAGGAGUUCCCUUCAGAUUCAUGAAUGCUUUGGAUGUUGAUUCCAGAACAGGAGUGGUUUAUUUCACUGACAGUAGCAUUUAUUUCCAAAGAAGGGAGUAUUUACUGGCAAUCAUAAGCGCUGAUAAAACUGGAAGGUUAAUGAAAUAUGAUCCAAAUACCAAAAAAGUGACAGUGCUGCUCAAAGGCUUAGCAUUUCCAAAUGGAGUGGCUCUAAGCAAGGACAAUUCGUUUAUUCUAGUUGCCGAAUCAUUUACAAUGCGAAUCUUAAAGUUUUACCUUGUGGGUUCUGAAAUACAUGGACGUCAGGAAACUUUUAUUCAACUGGGAAGAUUCCCUGAUAACAUUAAGAGGACUGCUAAUGGAGAAUUUUGGGUUGCGCUAAAUACUGGAAGAGGAAAGAUUCGAAGAUUGGAUUCUACAAAACUACAACAAGAAACUUCUAUUGACUGGUUUGUGGAUGAUCCUGUAGCAGUUAGACUGACUUCAGGUGGUAAAGUGGUUAAUGUAUUGGAUGGAAAUGGUGGCAAUGCUCUCGAUUCUGUGAGCGAAGUUGAAGAAUACAGUGGUCUUUUGUGGCUAGGAUCUUCCAUGAAGCCUUAUGUUGGUUACAUCAAGAACAAAAAAUAA